UGUAAACCGGGCUGCGGGAGUUUUCUUUUUCCUCCCAUGUCGACGCGGUACACGACAUAGGAUAACUUUCCCAUGUCCCACAUACCCGGUGCGUUUCGGCCGCAUCUUCACGCUUCCUACCUUGCUCUCGCCAAUUUCCAAACGGAGAGGCCCCAACUAGAACCAUGGCACCCACCAUCAGCCUCGUUUUCGGGGGCCUCGCCGCGACCUACUUCUUCCUCCGCUUCCUUCUCAACCUGACCCAGGAUGCGAGAGAGCCGCCGGCGAUCCUGACCGGCAUCCCCUUUAUCCAGCCCCUGGUGGGCAUGAUCCGGGAGAAGGAGCGCUUCUACAUAAGGCUGAGGGACACCACGCGGCUGCCCAUCUACACGCUGCGGCUGCCAUUCCAGCGCAUUUACGUCGUCAACGCCACGGAGCUCAUCCCCGUGGUGCAGAAGCAAUGGCGGCUCAUCAGCUUCGCCGCGAUCGCCGCCGACGCCGGCGACGUGGUCGGCAUGAGCAAGGAGGCCCUCGCGGUCAUGAAGGCGGACCUGACGAGCGAUCACGGUUUCAGCACGAGCUGGCCCAAGUACAUCAUGCCGGUCAUGGCCCCCGGCCCGGACCUCGACGCCAUCAACCGCCGCGCCAUUGAGCUCUACGUCAGCGAGCUGGCCAAGCUGCGCGCCCAGGGCGCCCCAACGGUCGUCGGCCUCCGCGACUGGUCGCGCAAGAUGAUGGUGGACUCGACGUCCGAGGCCAUCUGGGGCCCGCAAAACCCCUACCGCGACCCCGUCGUCGCCGACGCCUGGAAGACCUUCGAGGCCGGCUUCCUGACACUGGCCAUGUUCCCGAUGGCUCGGCUCUUCUUCCCCCGCCUCGUCCGCGCGCGCGAGAUCGCCGCCAAGGCCAUGAUCGACUACAUGCACCGCGACGGCUACAAGACUGCCUCGGGGCUCGUCAAGAAGCGCGUCGCGCACCACCGCGACCUGUUCGGCCUCAGCAAGGACGACAUCGGCCGCGGCGAGCUGGGCAACACCUUCGCCGUGCUGGGCAACACCGCGCCCUGCGCGCUGUGGGUGCUCUACCACAUCUUCUCGGACGCGGCGGUGCUGGCGGACGUGCGGCGCGAGCUGGCCGCGCUGGUCGAGGACGAGGGCACGGACGCGGAGGGCCACCCGGUCAGCGCGAUCGACCUGGCGCGCAUCAAGGACUCGUGCCCGGCGCUGCUGAGCACGUUCCAGGAGACGCUGCGGUUCCGGGCCGUCAACCCGGGCCCGCGCGUCGUCCUCGAGGACGUGCUCCUGGACGGCGGGCGCAUCCUGCUCAAGAAGGGCAGCAUGCUGAUGAUCCCGGCGCCGGUGCAGCACACGGACGCGGCGGCGUGGGGCGACGACGCGCGCGCGUUCGACCACCUGCGCUUCGCGCGCAAGAAGCAGCCGGGCCCGGGGCCGGAUUUGGGCCGGCCGCGGCCGAACAACCGCGUCGCGUUCCGCGCCUUCGGCGGCGGCCACGUGCUGUGUCCCGGGCGGCACUUCGCGGCCACCGAGAUCCUCUCGCUGGCGGCGCUGCUGGCGCUGCAGUUCGACGUCGUGCCCACCGCGGGCGCGUGGGCCGAGCCGACGUGGCACAACUCGCCCUCCCAGGCCGGCUUCCCCGUCAUCGACCAGGAUAUCCCCGUCGAGCUGCGCCCGCGCGACCCGCGCCGCAGGUGGCGCGUCACGUUCUCGGGCUCUGACAAGGCGAUGGAGAUCGUGUCGGAGGAUAUCGCGGCCGGCGGCAGGGGGGCUAUGUGAUAGACUACGUCGUCAAGAGAAGGCAACCUUACUGAGAUACUGGGGGUUCAUGGCAAAUUUAGACUAAUUGCUUCUUAAUAAAACUCUUAGGUUUAGGAGACAAACCGCGGGAGGGAAAUAGAAAUACAGGGCUGGUGGCUUUGUGAGCACCCAUCGCACAUCACGGCUCAAGUGCGGCAAAAUGAGAGGAGAUCAUGAUAUCCCGGCAGCGCGGUAUUCACUAUCCUGCCGGGUGUACAGAGCCAAUACUUACCGGAGAGAGCCCAGAUCCAAACCCAUCACUUUUUUCACAGCCAUCACGCCUCGUAGACCCCCUG